CCCGAGAAGGAGCCAGAAAAGCAACCUGAGAAGGAGCCAGAAAAGCAGCCCGAAAAGGAGCCAGAAAAGCAACCUGAGAAGGAGCCAGAAAAGCAGCCCGAGAAGGAGCCAGAAAAGCAACCUGAGAAGGAGCCAGAAAAGCAGCCCGAGAAGGAGCCAGAAAAGCAACCUGAGAAGCAGCCAGAAAAGGAACCUGAGAAGCAGCCAGAAAAGGAACCUGAGAAGCAGCCAGAAAAGGAACCUGAGAAGCAACCAGAAAAGGAACCUGAGAAGCAACCAGAAAAGAAACCCGAAAAGGAGCCAGAAAAGGAGCCUGAGAAACAGCCAGAAAAGGAACCCGAGAAGAAACCAGAGAAGGAGCCUGAGAAGCAGCCCGAAAAGCCAGGUAAACUAAUGGAAUAUUAA